AUGGUGCAUUCCAUGUCUUCGAGGGGACAUCCGGUAUUGAUGCCAAGAACACAAUCUGCGAAUUCACAGGCGAUAUUCUACGAUCACCCGUGUCCAGAAGAUAUGCUUGGUCGUAUUUUCAACGGCUCCGGGAAACCUAUUGACAAGGGACCACCUGUGCUUGCUGAGGACUUCCUCGACAUUAAUGGCCAGCCGAUCAAUCCAUGGUCGCGUAUUUACCCUGAAGAAAUGAUUCAAACUGGGAUCUCUGCAAUUGACGUCAUGAACUCAAUUGCUCGUGGACAGGUGAUUUUGCUUUUUUUUUACAGUUUUUUUUGCCUGAAG